UCUUUGGAUCCACUACAAGUCGAGCAGAAGCAAGGAUCCUGCUGGAUUCCAUACAGACAGAGAGAGAGAGAGAGAAGGGAGGAAUCUGUUUUAAUUAUCAACAGGUCAGUGUAUGAGUGCGACUGAUCUGAGGGAUUAUUUACAGAGAUGUCCAGGUAGUUGAGUGAGUUAGAUCACGGGUGGUGUGUGUGAUUAGUGCUACAGAGGUUUUAUUUCGAAACUCAAACGGUUUGUGUCCUGCGAGCUCACUGAUGGUGAUCCCCUGCGGCUUGGACACACACUGCAACCCACGACGCCCUGUCUGUCUCUCUGUCUGUCCUCAUUUCCAGCCUAAGAAGUUGAACAUCUCUGGGAUGCUUUGGUCCUAAAGGCGAACAACUUCUCCCGGAUUAUUCACUUGUUUACACUGUUUACAAAAUAAACCACUGAGCAACUGUACCAGGCUCCCCGGAACAGGAGCACGGCUGGAAAAUGUCGCAUCCUCCUGCCAAGUUUAAAAAGGAUAAAGAAAUCAUCACGGAGUAUGAAAGUCAAGUCAAAGAGAUUCGAGCUCAACUGGUGGAGCAGCAGAAAUGUCUGGAGCAGCAGACAGAGAUGAGGGUCCAGCUCCUGCAGGACCUCCAGGACUUCUUCCGCAAGAAGUCUGAGAUCGAAAUGGAAUAUUCCCGUAACCUGGAGAAGCUGGCUGAGCGCUUCAUGGCCAAGACCAGAAGCACCAAGGACCACCAACAAUACAAGAAAGACCAGAACCUCCUUUCCCCAGUGAACUGUUGGUAUCUGUUGCUGAACCAGGUGAGGAGGGAGAGUAAAGACCACGCCACGCUGAGUGACAUCUACCUGAACAAUGUCAUCAUGCGCUUCAUGCAGAUCAGCGAGGACUCGACACGCCUUAUGAAGAAGAGUAAAGAAAUAGCAUUUCAGCUGCAGGAGGAUCUGAUGAAAGUCCUUAACGAGCUCUACACGGUGAUGAAAACCUACCACAUGUACCAUACAGAGAGCAUUAGUGCUGAAAGCAAGCUGAAGGAGUUUGAGAAGCAGGAGGAGAGGCAGAUCGGACGUACGGGAGACCCCAUCUUCAACGUGCGUCUGGAAGACAAAAACCCAAGACGCAGCUUUGUUAAGAAGAUCGAAAAGAUGAAGGAAAAGAGGCAGGCCAAGUAUUCUGAGAACAAGCUGAAGUCGAUCAAAGCCCGGAAUGAGUACUUGCUGACUCUGGAAGCCACUAAUUCCUCAGUAUUCAAGUAUUACAUCCAUGAUUUGUCUGACCUAAUAGAUUGCUGUGAUCUGGGCUAUCACGCCUCUUUAAACCGAGCUUUGCGCACCUACCUCUCGGCUGAGUAUAACCUGGAGACGUCUCGUCACGAGGGGCUGGACAUCAUCGAGAACGCUGUGGACAGUCUGGAUCCUCGCAGUGACCGGCAGCGCUUUAUGGAGAUGUAUCCCACCGCUUUCUGUCCUCCGGUCAAGUUCGAGUUCCAGCCACACAUGGGAGAUGAGGUGUGCCAGAUCACGGCGCAGCCUCCAGUCCAGGCUGAGCUGAUUCUGAGGUUCCAGCAGCUCCAGUCACGCCUGGCCACGCUGAAAAUUGAGAAUGAGGAGAUUAAGAAGACCUCUGAGGCCACUCUGACCACCAUCCAAGACAUGGUGACUAUUGAGGAUUAUGACGUCUCUGAGUGUUUCCAUCACAGCCGCUCCACAGAGUCGGUCAAGUCCACCGUGUCGGAGACGUACCUCAGUAAACCCAGCAUCGCCAAGAGACGUGCCAACCAGCAGGAGACUGAGCAGUUCUACUUCAUGAAAUUCCGUGAGUUUCUGGAGGGCAGCAACCUUAUCGCCAAACUCCAGGCCAAGCAUGACCUGCUGAAGAGAGCACUGGGAGAAGGGCACCGAGCGGAGUACAUGACCACAAGGCCUCCACAUCUUCCUCCUAAACCACUCUGGAGGCCCAGACCUCGCUCAGUUUUUAACAUAAAGCUAUUUAAUGGCAAUUUGGAGGCUUUUAUAAAGGACUCUGGCCAAGUUAUUCCACGAAUAGUCGAGAGCUGUAUUCGAUUCAUCAAUCUUUAUGGUCUUCAGCAUCAAGGCAUAUUCCGUGUAUCUGGCUCGCAAGUUGAAGUGAACGAUAUUAAGAAUUCAUUUGAGAGAGGCAACGACCCUCUCACAGAUGAUGAGGAUAACCAUGAUAUUAACUCGGUGGCAGGAGUUCUCAAACUCUACUUCCGAGGUCUGGAGAACCCCCUCUUUCCAAAGGACAGGUUUAAUGACCUCAUCUCCUGCAUCAGAAUAGAUAACCUGUAUGAGAGAGCUCUGUACAUUCGUAAGAUCCUCCUCACAGUCCCCAGAUCUGUCCUCAUAGUCAUGCGCUACCUGUUUGCGUUCCUCAACCAUCUGUCCCAGUACAGUGAUGAGAACAUGAUGGACCCCUACAACCUGGCCAUUUGUUUCGGCCCCACCCUCAUGCCCACCCCUGACACCCAGGACCAGGUGUCCUGCCAAGCCCACGUCAAUGAGGUCAUCAAGACCAUCAUUAUCCACCACGAGACCAUCUUUCCUGAUACUAAGGAGCUAGACGGUCCUGUGUACGAGAAAUGCAUGGCUGGAGGAGACUACUGUGAAAGUCCUUAUAGUGAGCAUGGAGUCCUGGAGGAAGUGGACCAGGACGGAGGUGGAGAGACACACACCAGUGAGGAUGAGGGUGAACCAAUUGAAGCCAUCGCCAAGUUCGACUAUGUGGGCCGCUCUUCACGGGAGCUGUCCUUCAAGAAGGGUGCGUCUCUGCUGCUGUAUCAACGUGCUUCGGAGGACUGGUGGGAGGGCAGACAUAACGGCAUCGACGGCUUGGUGCCUCACCAGUACAUCGUAGUGCAGGAUAUGGACGAUACCUUCUCGGACACUUUGAGUCAGAAGGCAGACAGUGAAGCGAGCAGUGGGCACGGAGGAGAUGAGAAGUGCUCCAGCAGAGAUCUGACCUCUCCUACAGACAGACCUGACGCAUACAUCAGCAGUAGUCGUCACAGGAAGAGGAGCGAACCACCAAAUCGCAAGCCCCCGGCACGCCCCAGCGACCCCCACUGCAUGGUCCAUCCAUCUCAAAGCCAUGGGAAUCUUGCGAACCACAGUACACAUGGGAAUCCAGCCCUCAGCUCACCUGUGCUCAGCCAUUACAGCCCUCGCGAGGUGGUGCGUGGCAGAGGCCCGAUGGUCACAGACAGCCCGGAGAGACGCAGACGCACGGGCCACAGCGGCCUCACGGGCCACAGCAGCCUCACCAACAUCAGCCGUCACGAGUCUCUGAAGAAGAUGGAGAGCCCCCCGAUCCGCAGAUCCACUUCCUCAGGCCAGUACAUGGCAAGGGGUCUGGACCCGGAAAGCAUCGCACAGGACAUAGAGGAGACAAUGAACACAGCUCUGAACGAGUUGCGUGAGCUGGAGAGACAGAGCUCAGCUAAGCACGCCCCUGACGUGGUGCUGGACACGUUGGAGCAGAUGAAGAACUCUCCGGCUACAUCGGGCAGCUCUGCUGAGUCGCUGAAUCGUCACCCGCUCCGUCGCAGCACCAGCUCCACCAGCGACGCCAUGAGCACCUUCAAACCCACCAUAGCCCCGCGAAUGGGCGUGCAGCUCAAACCCCCUGCCCUCCGUCCCAAACCCAUGGUGGUGCUGCCUAAAGGGGGUGCGGCUCAGGCUUCAGCGCCGCCACCCCAGGAUCCUCUCGACAAGUCCUGCACUAUGUGAGCCAAUCACACAUCAGCAGUGGGAGUUUUUCAUUCACACCAACGGAUUUCUUUAUUAUAAAUAGCCGUUACAUCUCGGUAUUCUACAUCUGGACUGGACUGAAGAACCAACCUCUGUUCCGUUUAUAUAAGUGUUGACCAUCAGCCUGGAGGGUUGUUUCAGCUUCUCUACAUGUACUACUAAUCAUUUCACAGGUCAAUAACUGACAGCAGAACGUUGUUUAAACGUGUUUUACCUGCCUAAAGGAUUUGAAUCUUUCCUUCUGCAUUGAAAUGUGAACCAUUCUGCUAUGUGGUCUGCAUUAAAAGCCACUCUUUGAUCCAAUUUUGGUGCACAACACAAAAGUCUGUGUGUAGACGGUGUGUAGACGGUGUGCGGUCACGUAAUGUGUGUCUGAUUAAUUGUUUCUUGCAUGUAUAUAGACCAGGUUAAUUUCUAAUGUAAUUCUCAGUAUGAAUAGAUAAGGAAGAUGAUAACUAGGUCGAGUAACUGUAUUGUAAAAGAAAGCAACAAAUCACAAAGGCUUCCUGCGUGGUAAGAAUAAUUUGUUCAUAGUUUACAUCUAGUAGAGAAAUGCUAAAUGUGAAUAAUACAGGAACAAAGCAGGGUUUUUCGUUUCUUUGUUUACAGCCUCAGGAUUGUGUGAAAGUUCAGUUCAGUUCAUUUCAUUUCAUGUCAUUUGUCUCAGAUGGACCUGAGCCUACAGUUAAUCAGUUACUAAGCAAUGAAUGUGGUUUACUUGUAACAAAGCAGCACUGCCGCAUGAAAAACUAACCCGGUCUUUGGUGGUGUCUCAAAAAAAGCUGCUAAUUCCUUGUUCUGAAAAGCAGUUGCGAUUUUUUUUUUUUUUUUUUAGACCAAGUGAAGUAGUGUAUGCAAGGCUUUACUUUGAAUAUUAUAUUUUUGAUAGUGACAGUAGUAAUAUGUAUAUAUAUACAGUUAUCAUCAAUGAAAGUAGAAUGAUUCGAUUAAUAAUAAUAAUAAUAAUAAUAAUAAUAGUUUUUUGAUGUUUUAGUUUAGUACAUCCAGUAAUAUUACUAUCACCAUGACUCAAAUAGAACUAGAAUGAGAACAAGUGCUGAAAGAUGUAGAUUUUUCAGACGCUUUUGUUACUAAUAAAAAAAACAAAACCCUGUGUAUUCUGAACAACUAAUUAGAAUGAAAUGUAUCUUUAGCCAUUAUGAUAUUCUUAUAAACAAGUCCACUAUGUGCUAAUCCACACCACUGCUCUUAUAGACGGUACAGAACUUCGUUGUUCAACAAUCACUAACUUCUCCGAUUUCUACCUACAGAGCAUGAAGUAUGAUAUUUUAAUUUAUGAUAUGCAAAAAGCUUUUAUUAAGUCUAAUAACUCAAGGCAAUAUUUCUGUAAUUUCACCAAACCAAGGCAUGAAGCCGAUAGCCAUGGACUCUGUGACUGUUAUUAUAAAAUGUCAAUGUUAUCAUCCUUAUCGCUACAUUCGGUGUGGAAGUGUGGGGGCCAGUCUACCCCAAUUUGUGCUCUAGAUUAGUGAACUGCCUAAUAUUUAAAUAAUACUAGUAGUUAUUGUGGCGGCACGGUGGUGUAGUGGUCAGCACUGUUGCUUCACAGCAAGAAGGUUCGAGCCUAGUGGCCGGCGAGGGCUUUUCUGUGUGGAGUUUGCAUGUUCUCCCCGUGUCUGUGCGGGUUUCCUCCGGGUGCUCCGGUUACCCCAAAGACAUGCAGGUUAAGUUAGCUGGUGGUUCUAAAUUGAGCGUAGGUGUGAAUGUGAGUGUGAAUGGUUGUGUGUCUCUAUGUGUCAGCCCUGCGAUGACCUGGCGACUUGUCCAGGGUGUACCCCGCCUUUCGCCCGUAGUCAGCUGGGAUAGGCUCCAGCUUGCCUGUGAUCCUGUAUAGGAUAAGCAGUUACGGAUAAUGGAUGGAUAGUAGUUAUUGCCCGUGAACCUGAUUUCCUCUGAAUGGUACCUUUCAUAUAACACAGGUCUAGAAGGCCCAGUGGAGAGUUGAGUGGACAGAUCAUGUGAUAUACUGUGUGUUUUCACUGUGUUCUGUCAAAAUGGCCCUGCGAAUCCUCAGUGCCAGAGAAUUCCACUAAGGCCAAGUCUACAGCGAGGAGCGCUGAUUGCGAGGUCCCGUACAAUCGAAACUCCCAGGCGAGUCGGGGAGGGGAUUCCCUGCCGAGGCUGCGCGCAGUGUGUUAGCAUGAGCAUGUAGCCUAUGGGAAAUGAAUAGUGUGUUGGAUUAGCAUUAACCCCAUGUUUUGGAAGAUCGAAAAUGUUGUCUUGGGCCUCUUUGGGGUGUCACCAAUCCAUGUGCAAAGUAUGGAGUAUGUGCGUCCAGUCGUGUGGUGAACAGACAGAGAGCCUUCCUUUAGUAGUAUAGAUGUAAAAAGCUGUCAGCAUUUUAGAAGCAUUUUGUUCCUAAAUGUCUUAAAUGUAUUGAAAGCAGUUCCGUCAUCCAGAUUUCACUGUAAAUGUGUAGCAGCUGGUCCCAAUUGUACAGUUAAAUAAACGGAGUGAUCACUGAGAUCAAAAAUGGAUUUAAGUUGCACAUAAGCAGAAGUGGCGUUUGGAAAUUGGGCAAAUUUUAGAUGUAGUGAUUCUACUAAACCUAUGUAGGCAAAUGGGACAGAUUUGAGUGUGUGUGUGUGUGUGUUAGAUUAAUAAUCAAAACAUCAUAUGCUUAUACUGAACUUUAAUACACAACCAUGGACCACCUAUUGAACCAGUGUUGUCAGGAAAUAAGUAACACCUGUUACUAAUAUUUCAUAAUGUAUAUUAAACAUGAUUAUAAUUAUUUUGCCUUUGGAAUGAUUCAUUGUUAAAUUGUAAUGAUAGCAUUUUAAUGUAGGUUCUCUUUUGUUUUUUUUUUCUAAUGAGGUGUACAGUGCAUUGCAGACAGAACACGCUUUAUUUCCAGAGUGUAUUUGUUUCCGGGUUUGUUCCUGGAUUUACCCCCCACGUGUGUACAGUAGCAGACUGCUGUUCUAUCGAAGUGGCAAUGUUCAUCUGUAGUAUGGACUUGUGAAAGUGCCUUUAAAAGCCGUUUUAGAGGAGCUUCAAGCCAAUGUCCUCAGUGCUGUCACGCUUAUCUUUCAUACCUGUGCAGUACAUAGGAAAAGACAGUGAAUGCAUUAUUGAUCACUAGAAGUAAUUUGAUAAAUAUACUGCUUAUUCAUUGUGACAUUGCACUUUUAUGUAUAAGACUGUAUAUAUGGCAUGCGACAUCCUAACAAGUUAUGUAGCUUUUUGUUCUUUUCCUCUUUUUUUGUUUAUUUUAUUUGGGCAGAGGCACUGCUCUGGAUCCUGUCUUUCUAAUAAAGAACAUAGUUUGAUCAGCA